UAGCCGACGAUUUUCUACAUUACUUUUCAAGCACUCAUCAAGCACUCAUCAAGUACUUUAUAAGUUUCAUUAUGGAUUUUGAAACUUUCUCUACUACUUGGGAUGAUAUCGAAGAUAUUUUUACUGAAGAAAAUCAUGAGGAAGACAACCCAACUGCUCCUAUACAACUAAUAAAUGCAAAGUCAAACCCACUUCAAACUUUAUAUCUUGAAUAUACGGAUGACCUACCUGAAUAUCCAAGGUCGGAUAUGAAUGGAUACUCUUAUGUUGUUGCUGUUAAUGACCGAUCACAAGAAGAAGCUGAGAGUUUAGUUCAGGAUAUACAAUAUUCUCGAGCAAGUGCGCGUGGGGUGAAGAAGAAUAUCAACUCAACAUUUUUAAACUGUUCUGUUAAAAAAUGGAUCUGGAAAUGCUCUGGGGCUUUAGUAUGUGAAUAUUUAAAGCCAAGUCUUCGCACCUUAUAUCAUACUUCGUUGGAUGAGGUGGCAUGGGCAGAAAUCCAGAAUAUUCGCAAGAACAUUGAUCUUGUUGAGAAUGAUAUUCAGAAGCGGAAUGCAUAUAGUUUUUACCGUUCACAAAAAGCAUUUUUUCAGAAAGGACAUGCUUGUCUUGAAACAUUGCCUUCCUGCACACCCAGGUUCAAGCGUCAUUUCUAUCCUGAUGUGAAUGGUGAUUAUCAUCCCUACAUUGGAUGUGUAAAUGCAUCAUCAAGCUUUCUGCAGAAGCAUUAUUAUACCUCAGUGAAAGGCUACACCUCUAUGGAUCUUUAUUUUCUGGAGCAACUAUUCAAUGAAUCAAUUCUACCAUCCCAGGAAGAAUGUGGUGUGAUUGAACCUUUAACAUCACGGCGAAAAUAUUGUGAUUUUGAUCAUGUCCAAGGACCUGGUAAACUGGAGCAUAUUCAGUGCGGUGUUAUAUUUACUGCACUUGUACCAGUUGACAUUCAAAGCUGUCCUUUUAUAGUUUUUACAUCUCAUGGAAUUCAUCAACAUCCUCCACCACCUCCACACAAACCACCAGAGUUAAUACUCAGAGGGGUUGAAAGAAUUAUCAAGCAGAUGAGAAACCCCAGCCUGACUUUAGCUCAAUUCUUGCGAAGUCCAGAGCUUGAAGCCUUUUGCCAGCAAUAUAAUGCAUCAACACCAGCUGAAAUCCAUGCCUCACUUUCAAACACUGAUCGUAUCUCUGCUAUUAUUCAAAAACAGCGGCUUCUUUCUUAUCCAGCUGGUCAAAACUUCAAUGGGGUAAUAUAUUUGUAUAAUACCAAUCCAUUCAUAAAGGAAUAUAUUCAAGAAAAAUACUGUGACCCCAAUGGAACUAUGAUUCUAUGUGGCUUUAAGGAACAAAUCAGGCUUUUAAGUACAUUAACCUCCUUUGAAGUUGAUAUGUCCUAUAAGCGCAUUCGACAAAAGGGAAUGAAUGAGGUUGUGUUCGCAACUUAUCUACCUGAGCAUGGAAAGAUCAUCACACUCCUGCGUGUUUUUACCGAUCAGGAAACAACAGAAGGCUAUUAUCUUUUAUUUACAAGAGUAUUUACUCUUGUUCAAAGAAUGACUGGCCAGUCUGUUGAAUUCAAUUCCAUUCAUUCCAAUGGAAUAUAUGGAAUUAUCGUGGAUAUGGAUACAAAGCAAUAUACUGGACUUGGCCAAUAUCUUCAAGAAAUUGACCCUCUUCACCGACCAAUAUUAUGGCAGUUACAAGGAAUCAUUAUAUUUUGCCGGGUUCACUUCUUUCGUACAAUCACUGAAGCAGUUGGGAGUACCAAUAAAAGCUCAGGUGUAUGGAGUCGAAUGGCUGGCUUAAUUGACUGCAAGUCAGAAGAUGAUUAUGAUCAUCUAUGCAAUUUAUUAAUUGAACAUGAGAAUGAAAAGGUCCAAGCAUGGGCGGCGCAUAAGAAAUCACCAGUUAUCAAGGCUGGGCUGAAUAAAUAUUGCUCUAGUAUUCCUGUCUAUAUUUAUGAUUCUAUUCGGAAUCAUACCAAUUCAGCUGAACAGUCUCAUCAUAAGGCUAAUGCAGCAGGAAGGUGGUUGACAUUGACAGCAGCAAUCCAAAACUCUGCAAAGCUGGAUAGGCAAGACAUUCUCCAAUAUAUAAAUCGCACUGAUUUUAAUAUUCAUCAUUCAUAUCGAACAGCAAAUAUGGAGACGAAUUAUUUAAGACAUAUGGCCCGUGAAGUAUCACGAAAACGCCGCCGUUCAUCAACAUGUUUCUCUUCUAGUUCUGAGCCUGAAUUAGGACAAAGGAGAUCCUGUUCACAGCCUCAAGGUCGAGGUAGCAGUCGUUCGAUAUCUUCUCAAAGUCUUCGUCGGGUUUCGUCACAGAAUAUAUUAAGUUUUGAGCAACAGCGGCAAAACAUAGAGCUUCGAGAACUUGAGCUUCAGUUAAAGGAAAAAGAGGAACGGGUACGAGAGAAACAACUUCAAAAUGAGGAAAAAGAGCUAGAGCUUAUGGAAAGGCGGGCAAGGUUACAAAAUGUUAAUAGUGAGAUGCUCUAAAUAUUAUCUGACAAGUAGUUAUUAAC